AUGGAUCUGCUAGCGAAGUUUCUAUUCGCCGCCUCGGCAGUGUCUCUCUCUACAGCCUCGCCUGUCGGCAUGAACCCUCAAGCACUAGGCCUAGCCAUACUAGUCCCAAUCACCUACACGGAAACAGGAGGCAUACCGGCCCGAGGCGAAGGCAGGAUCGGCCACCAAACCACACCCAGGGCCGACACGAAAGAGCCCGAGCCCGAGAUCGACGUGGAGGGCAUCCAGCCGCUACCACAGCGACGAGGCGCACCAUCCUCAGAGAUUCGCGAGGCCGCAGACGCAGGCGCAGACGCAGACGCGGCCGCGUGCACCUCGACUCUAACGCCUACACCACGCUACCCGUGCACGACGGAGGGCUACGAGACGGUGUACCCGUCGACGCGCACGCUGCUCGCGCAGGUCGACUGCGGGCGGUGUCGGGACCUCUUCAUCCCGCGCGAGGUCUACUUCUGCCCGCUGCGCCGCAUCCUCGGCAUCCGCACCGUCAACGAACCGAGCACGUCGUGGAGCACCGUCUGCGCCGCCACGCGCCUCGGCCGGCGAGACUUACACCACCACGCCACGCGAGCGGCGCCGGCAGUGGCAGCACCGACGACGACGGCCGGUGGGGGCGACACGACGGAGCGGGUGAAGAGGCAGGCGGCGUGCCGGACGACGCGCGUGGUGCAGCCGCAGCGGACGGCCGGGCCGGUGGCCACGCAGCACCGGAGAGUCGUGACCGAGACGGUGAGGCUCAACUGCGGCGGCUGCGAGCUGCAGCUGAGCACCGCCGUCGGGGGGUACGGGCCCGUCGUCAGGUUCACAUCGACGACGACGCUGCCCACCGGGACGUCGACGGUGUUUGUCUGCCUGUGA